GUUCUCUAUUCACCCAUUCAAAGUCCUUUUCCUUGAGACAUACGAGAUCAUGCCCGGGCAGCUGGCCCCCAAUGGUCACCGUUUGUUGGGCAGUUUCAUUAAUGUCUGCCGGUUUCUUCGUAUCCCUCUCUCUCUUUGUCUUUUUGACCAUAUGUUCGAUGUUCGGCCCGGGUCCAAGGAAACCCUUGGAUUCGUGGUGGUGUCUUCCAACCAAGGCCGGGCAUUCCUUUGUGGCCUUCCACCCUCUAACAAGAAGUGGAAGGACAAAUAUGUCUGUGUCAAAUUCCCCCGGCUGCCUUUCCUUUUGCCCAAAAUGUCUGGGGGAAAAGAAUGAAGCGCCAGGUCAAACCAGCGGAGGCCGUUGACCUGGCUGCCUGGGAAGCCACCCUCCGGGCCGGGGACGCCUCCACCCGCGGUCUGUACCACGUCGGGAAGUGGAGCGUCUACCCCGGUCGGGAGACUGACCCCGAACCGGAGAUUGUUCUGCCCGGGGCGAUCCCCGAAGCCAUCCCCUUCCGCCAGGUGAGGGGACCUAAAGCCCUGGCCACUGCCACUGCCGGUCCUUCACGCCCGGCGAAGAAGAAAAAGGAGAAAGUGGUGAAAUUUCAGUCCAAGUUUGCCGUCCCACAAAUAGUGGUUGAGGAGCCCUCCACUGCUCAUCCGAUCAACCCUCCAUCCAGCCAGCCCUUCUCCCUGGAAGAGCAACAAACCCAAUCCCAUCAGGGAACCAACCAGCCCAUUCACUCGGGGGAUCUCUACAUUAAUGUCGGCCGGAUCGGGGAGGAGUACUUCGCCCGGCGGGUGAAGUCGAUGGAUGAGGAGAAGGCCCGGAUGGAGGCCAUGAUGGUCGAAUGCCGGAAGGAAGCCCAGGCUGCCCGGGCCAAGGCAGAGAAGAUAGAGGCCAAAUGGACAGAGCACUGUGCGGUUUACCGCCAGCUCUAUGCCAAGCACGACGGUCUCCUCAAGGCUGCGAAAGAGGCUGAUGAGCAGGCCCAAGCCAAGAUCCAGCAGCUAGAGGCCGAAAAUGCCCGGUCAGCCGAGGAAAUCGCUCGGCUAGGAGAUGAGCUGCAGAAAGAGCAGUCGGAGCGUGCCGCCCUUGCUGUUGCCUGGGCUACUCAAGCGCUUGAGGAGUUCGCCGCUAAGGCGUUGCCUGACCGGGAGACUGCCAUCCGCUUCUUCCAAGGCUUGUACAAGUACGAGGUCUCGGCCGGGAUCGUGGGCGAAAUCGGAACUUACGGCUUUGAAAGCGGCCAGUACUCGGAGCGGAAGGCCCUCUAUGGCAUCCUUCAGCAGAGGAUCCAAGGUUUUCAGCCGAAGGCUCUUUCUCUGCCCGAGCUGCAGAGCGAGGCGCCUGAACCUCCUUUCCCGGGCAUCUAAACCAUCCGCCCUUCUUCUCUCUUUCUUUUUUUAUGUUUUCUGAUAUAAUGAUCUGCCUCCGGGCACUUUUGUAAGACUAAUAUUAAUACAAGUAUUUUCAACAUUUUGUGCUGAGUGCUUUUAUUCCCUGUAUUUAUAAAUUCUUUAACUUAAUAUCUUUAACCGUUUAGAGUAGUAAAUAGCAGCCUGGCUG